AUAUAUUAUGUCUACUCCUCAAACCUAUCGCAAACUUCAAGCCAUUGCUAUCGGUAGUGAUUUCAGAAAUGUUACCAAAGUGACCGAGCACAGCUUUGAUGAGUUGAUCAAGAGCCUUGGACCCAAGAACAUUCUUGUCAAGAACAUUCAUCUCGGUAUCAAUGCUUCUGAUGUCAACUACACCAAUGCGAAGUACACUCCCGGUAUUGUUCCUCCUUUCGAUGUUGGAUUUGAAGGUAUUGGCUCUGUUGUUGCUGUUGGUUCAGAGGUUACCAACCAAAAGGUGGGCAACUUUGUUGUUUAUACUCUCUUUGGUUCUUUCUCUGAAUACGUUCAAGUCCCUGCUGAGACUGCUAUUCCUGUUCCUGCUCCUAACCCCGAGUUUGUCGCUCUUCAAACUGCCGGUAUUACUUCUUCUUUGGCCUUGACCUUCUCUGGCCGUAUGACCACUAACGAAACCGUCCUUGUUACAGCUGCUGCUGGAGGUGCAGGACAAAUUGCUGUUCAAUUGGCCAAACUUGCUGGUAACCAUGUUAUUGGUACUUGUUCCAGUGACGAAAAGGUUGCAAUGUUGAAGGGUAUGGGAUGUGACCGUGUGAUUAAUUACAAGAAGGAAGAUUUCGCCCAAGUUUUAAAGAAAGAGUAUCCUCGUGGUAUGGAUAUUGUGAUUGAAUGUGUAGGAGGUGAAUUCUUCCAAACCUGUCUCAACAAUCUUGCCGUUUGUGGUCGUUUGGUUGUACUCGGUUCUGUUUCUUCUUAUACUGGAGAGGGAGGUUUAGCCGGUGAUAAUGUCAACACCUUGCAACUCUUGGCUGGUUCCAAGACCGUCUGUGGUUUCUAUUUGCCUGCUUACUUUCCCCAUGUACCUGCUCACAUGAUGAACAUGUACAAGUUGAUGGCUGAAGGUACACUCAAGGUGCACGUUGAAGACAAGGGUUAUGUUGGUCUUGAACAAAUUGCUGAUGCUGUUGAGUACCUUCAUUCCGGUAAAAGUAUGGGUAAGAUUGUUGUCACCUUACCCGAAGAUAACAAGUCAAAGAUCUAAGAACAAAAACUAUACCAAAUGUAUAAAUAGACGGAGUGAAUUUUCUCAUAUCCGAAGUAUUCAAUAAAGCACAAAAAAACCUUAAAGUAAUUGUAACUUGUGUGGAAC